CAAAUUACCAAAUUCAGUAUAUAAACUGCGCGUGCGCCGAUCAUUGCCCACAUCACAUAGUUGCUGCACUUGCAACGGUACUCUAUAGACAUGAAAUACAUCGUAUUCUUCGCCCUUGUGUCCGUGGCUUUGGCCAAGCCCAAGCCCGGCGGUCUGUUCUCAUCAUUUGACCAUGGCUUCUCAUCGCUAGACCUCCACCAGCCAGCUCUCACAUUAUCUCAGCCCACAUAUACAGUAGCCCAGCCCGUGGUCCACGCGGCUCCAGUUGUCCACGCGGCGCCUGUUGUCCAUGCGGCACCAGUCGCUAUUGCCAAGCCCGCCACUAGCUACUCCUCCUUCCAACAGGUCGUACAUCCAGUACAAGUAGCGCAUGCCGCCCCAGCAGUUGUCCACGCGGCGCCAGUAAUUUCCCAGCCCAUAGUCCAUGCGUCCCCAGUAGUCCACACCAUAGCUCAGCCUGUGAUCCAGAAGUACCUCUCUCUCGGAUCUUACGGCGGCUCCUACGGCGGAUACGGUCAUGGUUGGUAAAUGGACGGGAGUUGUAAAUAAUUUUUAAUUACA